CUCAUUAGGUAGUCACGAUUCGGCGCCGACGUUGUGGUCGCUACCCUCGUCGAGCAAGCCAAUUGCAGGCGAGCCGCUGCGUUUUCACCUUCUUCGCCACCCUCCUCGCGACUCAGCAGUCCCGUCCCUACCUUUCCCCUCACCGCAGCAUCGUCCAUCACCCUCAAAGAGCAUUUCAUCCUUAACUUCUGGCCAGGGAGGCCUCUGCGCCGCAACAUGCUGGGCCUCGAAUCUUCGUCCCUCGUUGACACUUCGACGACGGUCUCAGCGGCGACAGCUGGUAUGGCGCAUGGUCACGGCUCACGCAAGCCGGCCGUCACACAAGCCUACGUCGCAGCCAAGUCCGACCUCUGGUCUCCAUACGUCGGACUGCAAUUCAGCGUCCUCCUCCUCACCCUCGUAGCCUCCGAGGCCGUACGCUAUUUCCGAGGCCAACGUCGGCUCGGGCAAGGCAGCAGCGACCCUUCCAUUGUCAAGGGCACCGUCGUGGCGGUAUGCACCACGACAGUCGUGCAGAGCAUCUUCACCUUCUACGGCGGCUACACCGUCUUCGUGCAGAAUUGGGGCCGAACCUCGCCCGGGCUGCGCGAGUUGAUGUACGGCAACAUGGUGUCCGACGCGGUCAUUGCGGCCAUUGUCCAUUCUCUCUACAGCUGGUACCUCUUCACGCUGACCAGUGGCCAGAUGCGCUGGGGUGGAUGGCUGCUGGCGAGCAUCAUCAUGAUCUUCUCUACUGCGCAGCUCGCAUGCAGCAUCCUCGCGGCGCUAGGGUUCGCUCAGUCGACGCCCUGGUUGCCAGAGAGUGAUGUGCAGCUCACUCGCGCUGUAUUCAGGGCAUGGCUGGGCAUCUGUGCGGGCACCGAUUUGUUCAUCAGUAGGUGGGGGGUGUGCCCGCAGAGGUAGCCUUGACUGACAUCCUGCCUCGCGACCUCACUCGCAGCACUCGUUUGCCUCUUCAAGGCCAAUCAAGCUCGUCGCGAACAAGACCCGGAUCACAAGUGGUGCAUCUGCUCACUCUUCUGGACCACCAUCUGGGUACUUCUCCCCGGCAACGCCAUCGCAGUCCUCGUCACGCUCGCUGCUCUCCUCGCGCAGAGC